CAGAACUGCAGUACACUCGCGGAGCGCAAGGAAGGACGGAACUAACAGUCUGACCGACAAGACCGGGAAAUUAAACAAUUAUUGGAGAAGAAUUUAGGAAUCGACCCUCUUUUCUGGUUCCUCGUCCAGGCAGCCCCGACUCGCUUUGCUCGCCACGAUGAGAACUGACUUCGCUCUGGUCCUGACAGCAGCCCUUCUUCUUAACACAUUCCGGAGGAAUAACGGGGAGCAUGCUUCCAAAGGUCCCUGCCGACCUGGCUUCUCACAAAGCUUCUACUCUGUGCUGAUUUCAAGGGAUGUACUGCAAGGCCAGCGCAUACUAAAAGAUACCACAGUAUCAUCACAAAAAGUGAAGUUUGAUGACUGCGCGGGGAAUGAAGCUGUGGUUUUCCAGAGCAGUGACCCCGUCUUCGGCGUGCGGACAGAUGGGUCCAUCUUUGCCCAGCAAGACGGAGCCAGCCUGGAUGAACCGGUCCAGUUUAAACUGACAGCAAGUGAUCCACACACACAUGUCUGGGAAACUGUGGUCCAACUGGCACUGAUUGAUUCACCGUCACCUCAGCAAAAUGAAAAUGAGGUCACAAAGGAAGAGGGGAAAGUCACUGAGAGAAAGGAGAAGAAGGGCACGUUGCAGGCACCACCUCCUGUCAUCAUGUUCUCAGGGUCUGGCCUGAACAGCUCCAAGGGUCUACGGAGGCAGAAGAGGGACUGGGUGAUCCCACCAAUCAACGUGGCAGAAAAUUCUCGAGGACCGUUCCCUCAGAUGCUCGUCAGCAUUCGUUCAGACCAGGACCAGGACAUCUCGAUCCGAUAUAGCAUCACCGGGGUGGGAGCGGAUCAACCACCCAAUGAGGUGUUCAAUAUCGACCCCGUGCUCGGAAAGAUGUUCGUCACCAAACCUCUUGAUCGAGAACAUCGCUCCUCUUAUCAUUUGCGUGCCCAUGCUGUGGACAUGAAUGGGAACCAGGUCGAGAACCCCAUCGAUUUGUACAUCUUCGUCAUUGACAUGAAUGACAACAGACCCGAGUUCAAAAACCAGGUCUACAAUGGCUCUGUGGACGAAGGCUCUAAACCAGGAACAUAUGUGAUGCACCUUUCAGCGUUUGAUGCCGACGACAACACCACCGCUAAUGGAAUGGUGCGCUAUCGAAUCCUGUCCCAGACUCCACACAGCCCCAUCCCUAACAUGUUCACCAUCAACAGUGAGACUGGAGAUAUUGUGACAGUGGCACCUGGUCUUGAUCGAGAGAAAGUGUCCCAGUACACCAUCAUCGUGCAGGCCACGGACAUGGAAGGAAACCUGAACUUUGGCCUCUCCAAUACAGCCACCGCCAUCAUCACUGUCACCGACAUCAACGAUAACCCUCCCAUGCUGACCUCCAGAACUUUUUCCGGUGAGGUCCCAGAAAAUCGAGUGGAUGUUGUGGUGGCUAAUCUGACGGUGAUAGAUGCUGACCAACCACACUCGCCUAACUGGAACGCCAUCUACAGGAUCAUCAGCGGCGACCCAUCUGGGCACUUCACCAUCCGCACUGACCCUGUCACCAAUGAUGGCAUGGUCACUGUGGUUAAGCCUGUAGACUUUGAGAUGAACCGUGCCUUCAUGCUGACGGUGGUAGUGUCCAACCAGGCCCACCUAGCCAGUGGCAUCCAGUCUUCGCUCCAGUCCACAGCUGGCGUCACCAUAUCCGUCCAGGACGUCAAUGAACCCCCUUACUUCCCCACGAACCCAAAACACAUUCGCUUUGAGGAGGGUGUCCCUGCCGGCACCAGCCUGACGACCUUCUCAGCCUCGGAUCCCGACCGACUACAGAUGCAGCAGACAAUCAGGUAUUCAAAGCUGAAUGACCCUGCAGACUGGUUGUCCAUCAACAGAACCAACGGUCAGAUAGUAACCACAGCAAUGCUUGAUCGGGAGUCUGUCUAUGUCAAGAAUAAUAUAUAUGAAGCCACAUUCCUGGCAACGGACAAUGGCUCUCCUGCAGCCAGCGGCACAGGCACAUUGCAGAUCUAUCUGAUAGAUAUUAAUGACAACCCCCCAGCGCUCAUACCCAGGGAGUCUCAGAUCUGUGAGAGGGUGAACAGGAACGUCAACGGUGUCAACAUCACUGCCGCUGACGCUGACACGGACCCCAACGCUGGACCCUUUGUCUUCGAGCUCCCCAACUUCCCCACCAGCAUCCGGCGCAACUGGACGAUUUCUCGGAUCAGUGGCGACUACGCCCGUCUGGGUCUGCGGUACCAAAUAUAUUUAGAGCCGGGAGUGUAUGAGGUCCCUAUAAUUGUGUCGGACUCGGGGAACCCUCCAUUGUCCAACAGGUCAGUCAUCAAAGUGAAGGUAUGUCCCUGCGAUGAAAAUGGAGACUGCACCACUCUUGGGGCUGUAGCAGCCGCUGGCCUGGGAACUGGAGCCAUCAUCUCCAUCCUGAUCUGCAUCAUCAUCCUGCUCAGCAUGGUGCUAUUGUUUGUGGUGUGGAUCAAGCGCAGAGAGAAGGAGAGGCAGACCAAGCAGCUGCUAAUUGACCCUGAAGACGACGUGAGAGACAACAUCCUCAAAUACGAUGAAGAGGGAGGAGGAGAAGAGGACCAGGACUAUGACCUGAGCCAGCUGCAGCAGCCUGACUCAUUGGAGCACAUCAUAAGCAAGCCGCCCGGUGUUCGCAGGGUAGAUGAGCGUCCCAUCAUCCCGGAGUCCCAGUACCCAAUUAGACCUGUCGUGCCCCAUCCUGGAGACAUAGGGGACUUCAUCCACGAGGGUCUGCGAGCAGCAGACAACGACCCCACUGCUCCUCCUUAUGACUCCCUGCUGGUCUUUGACUAUGAGGGCAGCGGCUCCACCGCUGGCUCUGUCAGCUCGCUUAAUUCCUCCAGCACGGGGGACCAGGACUAUGACUACCUCAACGACUGGGGCCCACGCUUCAAGAAGCUGGCCGACAUGUACGGAGGAGGGGAUGAUGAUUAAAUCUACCCAGUCACACAUGCACAUACACACACACACACCCUCGUCCCGUCAGCUGGCCUGCCAUGCUCUGUCCCUCUAACAUAUGGGGCAAUUACACCCUUAUUGAACACACGUUAACAACGACUUGUUCACACUGACCAACUGACUGACCAACCAACCAAUCAAA